UCAGCGGGUCAGAGUGUUCGCAUUUCUUCCUAAAAUUCUAUCCACGAAGAUCAAUCGGUUCGGAACCGCCAGUACUGAAAGGAUGGAAGAAGAAGAGCAGAACAAUGGAGUGAUCAUUCAGGAAAUGCUGGUCCAAGGGGAGAAACUUGUGAACCAGGUGACGGGUGAGACGAUGACAAUAAACCUGGAGGAUGCUUCACAGAUUGUACUGCAGGAGCCAGAUGGAGGUGCGACAGGGUUACAGGGGGCAGUGCACGAGGCGGUGCAGAUCCAACCGGGUACAUAUCAGAUCCUGACUGGUGAGGAGAUACAACUUGGGGAGGAGAUGGCCGGGCAGGAGGUGGACGGAGUGACGCAGAUUGAGGUGCCCCUAGAGAUGCUGCAAGAGGCUGUAGAGAUGCUUCAGGGGCAGGACAUUCAGGGAGACGCUGUGGAGGCGGCCAUUGCUAGUAUUGCCGCGCGCCACAUGGAAAUAGCGCAGGUAGGCGCAACAGAUGCAGAGGGAGAUAUGGACAUUAUGGAGGUGACCCAGUCCGACAUUGACGCAGCCAAUGCUCAUGCUGCAUAUAAUCCAGAGUUACUGAACUCCACUGAACCAGAUAAGGCUUUGCCAGACACAUCAGAGUUGGAAGCCCUGACUGCCAGUGACAGGGACAACAUUAUCACGGUAGCUGAUCCAGAGACUUCCAAACCUUCUGUGGUUCUGGUCUCUCAGAGUGCUACGGCCACGAGUUCAAAACCCAGAGACAUGGUAUCCCUUCUAUACGGGACAACGCAUUCAGCUGUUCCUAUACCUAACACAGUGCAAAACAGUUUAUCUUCAGAGGCUGUGCCCCUGCAGACUGUAAGCAAUGCUCAGAUACCCCAAACUGGUGCUGAAGUCUCUAAAACAGCAGCUACAACCACAUCAGAAACAGCUGAUGUAGAUACAGCAUCACUGCAACAACCUAUCUCUAAUUCUGUGGCGGAAUUGAGAGGGGAUUCCGAAGAAAGCUACCUGACUGUGAAUAAUUCAUCUAAGAAUUUAGCUGAUUCAAGUGCUGUACAUGGUGAUGCUACGUCGAUAAAUUCUAAAGGCACUCGCUUAGUUCAAGAGAACCCCCCACCUAUGGAACCUCCUCCCCCACCCCCUCCUGAUAAAAAGCCAGAUUAUUCUGAGCCCAUAGAGAUCAAAGAAAACAUGGAGAUAUUUGUCGGCUCUAGGAAAUGUAUCGUUCUGCCUAACCCUGACACUGGCAAGCUGUGUGCAUAUCCCUUGAUACCUAUUGGAGGAAAGAGGAAAAGAGGCAGACCGAGAAAGGAAAUCAAAGUUGAACCAGUGCAAGAAGAGAUGGCUGAAAAUGGAGAAGACAAAGAAAAUGUGAGCGGGACAGAUCCUGCACCAGUGCCAGGCAAGCCUGUUGAAUCCCAGGCCGAUGCGGCAGAGUCUCUUCUGGAAUUGUCCAAUACAGGACCAGAUGGUGUAAGGAGAAGCGGAAGGAAGCGUAGGAAAGCCAGGACGUUAAAAGAUUAUUCCAUUCUGAAAGGAUCCAGUGAUGAAGAAAGCCAAGAUGACUCAGAAGAAGAAUUUCACAUAUCUGACCUUGAUCUGUCUUCUUCUGAUGAAAUGAUUGAGGACUCUGGUGAUGAAGAAUACAAGCCCAAUGGACCAAGGAAAAAAAGAAAACCUGAUUACAACAGUAACCCAGCUUUGUUACUAGGUCAAAAGCGCGGUCCUGGUCGCCCCAGACGGUACCCUCACCCUGGGCAGCCAGCCCACCCUGCCCAGAUACCUGCCAUCUUGGUCAACGGGCAAACUAUCAUGAUUCAGGGUCUGGAGAAUGUUACCUCAGCUGGUCGUCCCCUGGCUCCUCUGAUGCCCAAACCCCCACAGGGCACCACCCCUACCUCCUCACCACAGGUAAUCAUGAUCAACAACAGCACUACCACAACUGAAGGGAAGGACGCUCAAGGGUCAGUAGCAGAAGCCAACCAGGCAGCCACCACUCUGGAAAUCCCCACCUCCGUGGCGCAAACUGCCGAUGGUCAGGCCACCAUACUACAGUUCUCAGAUGAUGUUGUCAAUAUGCUGAUGAAGAAGGACCCAAUCAAGUUAGGUCUGAAGGCCCCUGAUAUGGACCUGGAGAAACUGAAGUGUCCACUGUGUGACUUCCAGGCCUAUUAUCCACAGCAAUAUCAGGAGCAUAUCUUCUCCCAUCCAGAUGAGGUUCACAAGUGUAAAUGUUGUCAGUACGGUACCCUGGACGAACCAGAACUCAUCGAGCAUUACAAGGCGUCUCACCCACGCUCCAUCUGCCCAGUGUGUAACUUCACCGCAGAACAGCCCUACGUUGUCAAGCGGCACAUGUCUAGACACGAUGAGAAAGGAUGUACCUGUCAGAUCUGUGGCAAAGUCUAUAAGGACCAGUACAUCUUAAAGAUGCACCUCAAGCAAGUUCACAUGCCGGCAGAUGUGCUGUAUGAGUGUACGGUGUGUGGAAAGAAGUUCACAAGAAAAGCUCAUCUCAAGCGCCAUCUUCGCACGCACGAAGUGGAGAAACCAUUCAAGUGCCCUCACUGUGAAUAUAGAGGGUGUGAAAAGUCUGAUGUAGCCAAACAUUUGCUAAUCCACGAAGAACCCAAGUAUGUAUGUGAGAUCUGUGGUAAGGCAUUCCGUCACAUCAAGAACAAAGAAAUCCAUGUCAAGAGGCACAGUGGGCAGAAAGACUACAAGUGUGGUAUCUGUGAUAAAUAUGGUUACACCUUUACUGACAUCAGGAAGCACAUAGAGAGGACACACUCUGAUGUGAAAACCAGCAUGUUUAUCUGUGAGAAGUGUGGCUCUUCAUUCAGGGAUAACCAGGCCUUCAGGGAGCACCAUGAGCAGGGCUGUGAUCAGAUGACCAUUGAGCAAGCCCUGUCAAUCACUACAGGAGAGACAGAGACUGGUCAAUCCACCAUACAAAUACCCGCCUCUGUCCUACAGGCUGAGGGCCAGCCCAUUACCUACGAUGGCCAACACCUAACCAUCGGCGGCAAUCAGGUCAAUAUCACAGUCCAACACAUGAACCUGGAUCCUGAAGAAGACAGCAUUAUGUUGACAGAGGAACAGUUGGCAGAGGCUCAGAUUGCAGUUGCAGAUGGCCAGAUCGCUGUGACGGAUGGGGGCACUCAGGUGAUCAGCACCGCCCACAUGGUCACUGAUCUAGUGGAGGCGGGAUUGGCUCAUGUCACUCCAGCCGCAGAGGUGGGACUGGCUCAGGUCAAUCAAACUGUUGAGGCAGGUGAAGAGACACUGGACCAGGCAGUGGUCAUUUCGGCAGAGGAGGCAGAAAACAGCAUUGUCCUAGCAUAAUUCACGAGUUUCCACAAAUAUAUGAAGAUUCAUGCUCUUUGAAAGUGUCAAAAAGGAUAUAGGAAGUUGUAAUUUCUUGUAGGAGUUUUAGCAGAAACAUAGGAACAUGGUACAUGUACCUCAAAGCCUUGCAGAAAUCUGCCAGCUCAUGACCAUCAAGAACAGUUGUCUUUGUCUUGUUCCUUGUUCUGGACUAGAUCCUGGGUGAUUUUAGCUAAAACCAUUAUCUUGACCUUUGAUGGCUGUAUGAUGACCUUGAGACUAAAGUUCCAAAAAGUGAAAUGCAAGACUUGUUUCAAUGCUGGUGCUGUAAUUGAUGGUGAAACAUAGUCCUUCAAACUCCAGCAUAAUGACUUGUAAUGUGUAGCUGCGGAUUUCAAAUAUAUUUAAGGAAUAUUUUAACCAGUACAGAUUUCACCUCAAUUUUUCACAUGGCUUUUGUGCCACCUGCAUUAUUGCUUGUGAAAACUUCAACUCCAGUAGAAAUGCAUGACAGAAAUAUAGGAUUGUCAAACUUUUUACUGCUGCCAAUGUAAUGUAUUGUAAACAAGAUGGCUAGGAUUUACUACUGGGUUUAAAAAUCACUUUAAUAUGAAUUUUAAUACUGUGAGAUCAGUGUGUAUAAAGAUAGACAGAAUAGGGAUCAACUUGAUUUCUUGAUUUUUGCAUUUCUUCUUUUUUGUCAUUAAUGAUCAAAUUAAAAUUGCUGGGUAGUGCUACAAAUUAGUGACAAUUAAUAACCUCUGUAAUCAUUCUGUUGAACAAUCUAAACCUUGCAGAGCAAUUUUCUUGGCUGUCUUUGUGAUUGUUUUCUCUAGAUCCACUAACGCUCGUCCAUGAAACAACAUUGGUUUUCUAUUUCGAUCACAGUUCUCAUUACACCCAUCUCUUUUCGUGUGCACAAGAUUUAGAUCUCAGUGGCUUUUCCGUGGGGUGUGCUGAUGAAUUAUUUUUUUUCACAUAGCAUUUUUACUCAUAUUUUAUGACAGGAAAAGACUACAAAAACUAGCUAACUAUCUAGCUCAGCUGCCUCUUCUUUUUUAGUUUAUCAUGAAUUCUUUACUAUUGCCAUCUUUCUGAAAAUGCUGGGCAUAAUUGUGUAUGAUUUGACUUGGCAGCUUUUUGCAAACUGAUGUUAUCACAUUCUUAAAAAUAGUUUAUUGACAUUACUGUACAUAAAAGUUAUUUAUUUUGCAUAUUGUUAAUACAUUACUCAUGUAAAGAAUGAUAAUAAGGUAAUAAAUUUUGGUACA